AUGGCGGCCAACGCCGGCGCCGGCGCCGGUGGCAGCAAGAUCCGCAACGCCAAGCUGGUUCUUCUGGGGGAUGUCGGCACCGGCAAGUCCAGCCUGGUGCUCCGGUUCGUCAAGGGCCAGUUCGUCGAGUUCCAGGAAUCGACCAUCGGCGCGGCCUUCUUCUCGCAGACCCUGGCGGUCAACGAUGAGACGGUCAAGUUCGAAAUCUGGGACACGGCCGGCCAGGAGAGGUACCACAGCCUGGCGCCCAUGUACUACCGCGGCGCCGCGGCCGCGAUCGUCGUCUACGACAUCACCAACGCGGCCUCUUUUACACGUGCAAAGAAAUGGGUUCAAGAACUUCAAGCACAAGGGAAUCCAAACACAGUAAUGGCUCUUGCUGGGAACAAGGCUGAUAUGUUGGAGGCAAGGCAGGUGCCAGUGGAAGAAGCGACGACUUACGCACAAGAGAAUGGGCUCUUCUUCAUUGAAACGUCUGCCAAAACAGCCAUCAAUGUGAAUGACGUAUUCUAUGAGCUCGCAAAGAGACUGCUCGCGGGGCAGCAGGCGCAGAACCCGCAGGCGGGGAUGGUGCUCUCACAGAGACCGGCCGAGAGGAUGGUGAGCAGCACGUCGUGCUGCUCAUCAUAG